AUGGUCAUGGCUACUUCGAUCUCGUCAAUCUUCCUCCUCUCGUCUGCCGUUCUCCUCGCUGCCGCGGCAUACUUCUUUCACGGAGGCACCCCGGCCACCGCCGGAACUGAACAUCUCCACUUCUACAUGCACGACGAGUACACAGGCCCACGCCCCACGGCCGCCCUCAUCGUGGCGGGGAGGCGGCCAACGGCGGCGAACGCCACCGCUGUCGGCGGCGACGUGACGACGACGACGGAGCGGCGGCGGUUCGGCGACAUCGCGGUGAUGAACAACGCGCUGACGGAGGGGCCCGAGCGAGGCAGCGCGCGCGUGGGCACGGCGCAGGGGUUCACGGUGCGCGUGGCGGAGCGGGGCGCCGUGAACGCGCUGAGCCUGCACCUGGUGAUGGAGGCCGGCGAGUACGGCAGCAGCUCGCUGGCGGUGAACGGGAGGGUGGACACCGACGCCGACGUGCGCGAGUCGGUCGUCGUCGGGGGCACCGGCCGCUUCCGGUCCGCGCGGGGCUACGCGCUGAGCAGGAGCUACGACUACGACCUCGAAAAGGGAGGCGUCGUGGAGAUCGACGUGUACUUGCACUAG